CACUGGUGUACGUGUAUUCUUUUUGGUAGUUGUAUGUAACGUGACCGGUGUUUUCCAAACCAGUCUGUGUAAAAGGCGUGACGAAAAGCAAAAUGUCGGACGACGAACAAAUUUCCGAACAAGAGAGGUGUAAAAUAGCAUCUGAUUUUAUUCUCCAUGCACCUCCAGGGGAGUUUAAUGAAGUCUUUACAGAUGUAAGAAUAUUGGUGAAUGAUGAUAAUCUACUGAAGAGUGCUUCAGGGUCAUUUGCCAAGUAUAAUAAAGACCAAUUUACACCUUGCAAAGUAGAUGGGUCUGACGAACAGUGCUUGAUAACAGAACAUGGGGAUGAAGGAGAAGGUAGAUUUUUAGAUCCCAGAACCAAACAAACAUUUAAGUAUGAUCAUUUAAAGAAGGAAGCAUCUGGUUUUGAGCCAGCAGACAUGGAUAGUACCGCAGAGCGAUGGAGAGCGGCCGUGGAAGAUGCAAUCACAACUUACCAUAAAAAAUAUUACAAAUACGGUGUCUCGUCAACAUAUGGUAGCAGCAGUGGUGGAAAUAUAACUAUAAUAGCCUGUAUUGAAAGCCAUCAGUUCCAACCUAAAAAUUUCUGGAAUGGUAGAUGGCGGUCACAGUGGUCAGUUACAUUUCCUGAAUCUGGGGGGAAAGCUGAGCUAACCGGUCUUCUUAAAGUUCAGGUUCAUUAUUAUGAAGAUGGAAAUGUACAACUGGUGAGCUCAAAAGAAGUCAAACACACUAUAAAUACACAUGAUGAACAAAAAAUGGCGAAGGAGUUUGUAAAAUUUGUUGAAGACUGUGGCACAGAAUAUCAGACUGCCAUUACGGAGAAUUUUGUGACAAUGAAGGAUACCACAUUCAAAGCAUUAAGACGUCAACUUCCGGUCACUCGCACCAAGAUAGACUGGAACAAAAUUUUAGGUUACAAAAUCGGCACUGCUUUAAAUAAACAAAAAUAAUGCUAGAAUGAACAUUUAAAUGAUUACAUAGACUAUUAGAAUGAAUCCUGAAAAAACAAACUUUGCCAUGGGAACAGCCACUAUAUUGACUUUGUUCGUUUCGUUUUUUUCUGUAUACUUGAGUCAUUUCAGUGCAAACUACGUGUACGAUAAUGGUGAUUUUCAUUUUAUACAUGUACGUCUGUGUAUAAGUCGAUUGUUUUCAAACAAAAGAAUGUGGGUUUUUUUUUUCCAAGUGUCUGGGAAAAACACAAAAGUUCAUGCAUUUAUGUUUACAAUGAGUAUAGUGCAAGUAAUAACAUUAUUUAAGAAGAAAAAAAAACAGAUACAAAUUGAAACUCUGUUUAGGAAUUAAUUUCAUUUAACUUCCUUCAUUUUGAACAUAUAAACAAUCAGUAACAAAAGAAAUCAGGUUUUUUUUUGUUGGUAUUUUUUUUUAUUUUUUUUUUUAAAUUUUGAUCAAAAGUUGUACUAUAAGAUUUAUUUUAGGAAUCAGUGUUAAUGCCAGCAUUUUAUGAUGUCACAUUUAAUUAGGGACCUGUAAUCUGCUAUAAUGUGAAAUGGAUUAGCCCAUCUGCCCAGCUUUAAAUUUGGAACAGUCCAUUUUAACUUUAAGGGAUUUUUAUUCUCAAAAUACAAAAAUUGAGCUACAACCAGUAUAGAGCCUGGUCAGACUGCACAGAGUUGGUUAGACUACGCGGAGGUGCAGGUUGACCUGGCUCUAAACUGGGGUCUGGGGGGUUAAGUCUUGUCACUUCGAUACCAGCUUGGUAAAGGUUAAACUAAAUAUUAAAUAUCAGUUGUAAUGUUACAAAGUAUGAAUAUUUGUAUUGAAAUGAAUACAUAAGAUAAACUGUUGACUAUAAUUCACAAUUCUUCAUGUUUCAACCCUAUUUUAUCAUCUCGUAUUGCAAAAAAUGGGAUAUUAAUUUGAAAAAUUACUUCCUUAUUUAAACAGGCCAUGUCAAUUUCUUUUGUUUGGUUUACGUCUGACACAGAUUCAGUCUCUGAAAAAUGAUAUAUUUCCUUUUUUGUUAAUCAAACAUGAAAAUCUGUUUCCCCUAAACGAGGAAAAUAAAGUUUUAUCUUACAAUGGAGGAUGACUAAGGUCCUGUUAUUUUGUUACAAUGUAUCUGACCAAAAUAAAGAAAAGUUAACAAUACAGUCUAACCAAUGUUGAACAUAGAUAUUUUAAUUUCAAAUACAGUGAAACCCUCUUAUACCCGUACAUUUGUAAUCCUAGGUGUUUUUCAAAUUUCUCAAACUUAUUCUUUUCACUAUGCCUUUUCAAACAGCUAUUUAAUUUGUGGCUAUUGGGAACUUUUUUUGUUUAAUUAAGAAUGUCACAUUCUAGAGGUAUUGUAUUUAGGAUGAAAUUGCAGUAUAGUAUUAAUAUACCUAUAUGCAUGAAGACUGCUUUUGCGCUUUUAAUAAAUUGUGUUUUUGUAACACGAGAUUCAUUCCAGCUGUUAUAAAGUGUAUGUAAGAUACUAUGGCAUGUUGAAUUGUGGUUUGUUUAAUGAUAAAUUACUGAAAAGGAUAGAUGAUUUUUUCUAAUAUUUUACCAUAUAAGGCUAUUUUGAUCUUUAUUGAAAAUGUAGGAGUAAGAAAUUUAUUGCUGUUAGCUUAUUUAGUAGGUUUACUUUUUCGGGAUGUGGCGAGCCUCUGUGGAACAUGCAAGAUUGCCGACAGUGGAUCAUGUGACCUUUAUGGUCUGUGGGUCAAAAUUAUGUUUGUAGUUCAUUCUAUGUAGGUGCCUUCCUGAAUUCUACUAUUGGUGACUCGAUGGGGAAAGUAAGUAGUCUUGUUCCAUGAAGGAAGCUGGAGGGCCUCAAUAUCACUCCCCUUCAUAGUCCUGGCAUUUUAAGUCCAAUAAAAGAUUAACAUUUUCUUUUUCUUCAGUUUUCAUUCUUAUAUUUGUUACUUUGUCAUACGCAGUCUCAAACAGAAAAAUAUUUGAUCAACGGAAAGAGGUUGACAUCUUUGUUUUUUACCCUAUUUUUCAUUAAACUUUGAAACUUUUCAUUAAAUGGAUUUAAAAUCACUUGCCAUUGUAUUAAAUUUGCAGUAAUGUUCAUUUUUCAUAUUAUGCUGCAGAACAUAAUGUAAAUUAAAUUUAUAAAUAUUCAUUGAUAUUUUUUUCCUUUUUCAAUGUGCAAAAAGGAAAAAUAAGGUUUUAUUUUCAUCUCCUGGACAUAGACUCCUAGAAUGUUUUUGAACUAGAAAUGAGCGGCGUCACGACAAAACCAACUUAAUAUGUUUGCGACCAGCAUGGAUCGUGACCAGCCUGCGCAUCCGCGCAGUCUGAUCAGGAUCAAUGCUGUUCGCUAUCAGUUUCUCUACUUGUAAUAGGGUUUGCAAGCGAGUCUGGAUCCAUGCUGGUCACACACGCCUUACGUUGGUUUUGUCAUGACGAGGCUCUAAUAGUUAUAGAGAUGAUCAAAUUUAAAUCUUAGUUUAACUAGAUAAAUUAGAGAAAUACUUGACCAUUGUCUUUGGCUGUGAGUCAACAGCUUAUAUUUAUGUCAUAUAAUAUUUACAACCUCCGCAAGUUAUUUAUAUUAUUGUUAAUGUAUUGUCAAUUCUUUAUGCAUUUAAGAGAGUUGGUUUAUAUUGUUUCAGAGUGUGGUUUUGAUGCUAUGUAUUAUAAAGUUGUGUAGCUCUGAUUUGAAAAAAAAAUGCUAACCAAUAUGUUGCAAUAUUGUAUCUCGUAUUUUAGCACACACAUGUCAAUAAGCAAACAAAAUCUCAAAAAAAUAUUUUUUUGAUAAUAUACAUGUAUUUAUCAAUAUAUAUAUAAAUAUAUUAUAGUUAGAACAUACAUGAUUCUUUUUAUUUGAAAUUAAAAAGUUAAUUGUAUUGCGCAAUGAAGAAACUGAAGUAAAGUGAUGUAAAUGUAGUAAAACUAUAUUAUUUAGUCGUAUGAUACCUAGUUCAAAGUUAGCUUAUCUACCACAAAGUGAUAUUAAAUACCACAAAGGAGGCAGCUGUUGUUCUCAUAGGGAACUGAAAAGUGGUAGCAAAAUGUUAUUAUCAAUAGUUGUUUUUAAAUUUUGAUGAUUGGAAAUUAUAUUUUUUCUAACUAACCUGAAUGUUACGCAGUUAAAGAGUCAGUGGAUUGACGUGUAUAAUUUUUUGAUGUGAUUUUCUUGCUAAGAAUUUAAUUAAUUACGUUAAGUAUUUUUGUGUUUUCAUUUCAAAUAAAUGUCUGUUGUGUAGUAAAAGUGUGCACUUAAGCUGUGUUAAGUACAAAGUUGUUGUGUUCAAACAUUAUGCUGAAAAUUGUGUAACAUGUUUAGUUAAACACUCUUAGUAUAGGAUGUGUUCCAACAUGGAACACUCAUGUGAGACACUCUUGUGGAACACUAUGUGUUGUGGGAACACUCAUGCAGAACACCAUUGGAACACUCAUACAGGAAACCAUGCUGACACUCUGGAAGAUUACCAUGGGAACACUCAAGCAGAACACCAAGGAGACACUCAUGGAAAACUCUGAGACACAUGGAACGUGGAACACAAGUUAAACGCUCAUUGAACACUCAUUCUGAACACUCGUCUAUUGUAGUUUUACAGUGAAAUAGGGAAUUAAGAAAUGUUUCAUUUACUAUCAUUUAUGGCUGACAAUUAUGAGUGCUUGAUUAUAUAUUUUUUUGGAAAUUAGCCAAGUGUAUAUAAAUAUAUAUGAUUUUAAUUACCACAUUACUUGAAUUAUAUGCAAUCAUCCAAAA